GGAUGAGAGGGAUAAAGGCUGCCCUGCCUCCCACACAGCAGCGCGUCGCAGCCGCUAAUUAGUGGCCACUAACGACUAACAACUUUUUUUUUUCUUCUUUUUUAAAAAAAAUAAUAAUUUAGUGUAGCCUGCUUCGUUUCGCGCGUGGCUGAGAGAAAAAGCAGCGCGACACGCGACCCGAGACCCGGGGAGGGAGGGAGGGAGGUUGCAGCGGUGCAGAAUCCCUGCGGCAGCCAAGUUGCCCGGUCGAGGCUCGGACUACCGCUCGUCACACCGAAGGAGUCUUCUCGUCCGCGGGAACAAGGACGGAUGGGGAGAAACUGAGGUGUAGCGUCUCAAGUGUCUCUGGAGCCAUAAAUGUUAAACUGCCCUGAUUUUUUUAUGGGUCGUUCCCCUCAACCAAAGAUCUCUCCCGGCGAACUGAACAAACGAGUCGACUCUAGCAGGGCUGCUCCUGUCCUCAGUCUACUCCUGCUCCGUCUGACUGCACUCACCGACAUCAAAGCUCUUCGUUGUUCCUGCUGUCUCAAACCUCUGUUUCUGUUAGAGUGGGGGAUGUCUGUUUUCUAACACCUCCCAGCCUGCUUAUCUAUUCGAUCUGUACAACUGCGACCAACACUGGACAUGGAGGACUAUGAUGUUCGCUCGGCCGCCAGCAUCCUGGCUUCAGUGAAAGAGCAGGAGGCGCGUUUUGAGCAGCUGACCCGAGCCCUUGAGGAGGAGCGACGCAACGUCACCCUGCAGCUAGAUCGUGCCAACAUGCCUCCCAACCCCACCGCCAGCCAACCGCUGGCAUGGCAGCAGGUGGUGAUGCAGGAGCAGAGCCCCAGUAACGCCACAUCCCUGGCCAUGAUGCAGGAGCCGCAGGAGGUGGUGGAGGAGACGGUCACCAUUGAGGAGGACCCUGGCACCCCCACCUCCCACGUCUCGGUGGUCACCUCUGACGAUGGCACCACGCGGCGCACAGAAACCAAGGAUAUGUCAGCUAACGUGGAGCCCUCGCAAAUCGGCCUAAAAAAAAAAAGCUCUGUGAGUACAAGGCAGCCCGGCAUACCAAGACUCGGAAUGCUGUGGCAUUCACCACGCUCUCCUCUCAGCUCGGGCAGGCCGGAGCUGAAUAGGAUAUGUGAGGAUGUGACCAAGAUGGUGAAGACGGUGACCACACGGACAGUGCGUCAGGUGCCCCUUGGCCCCGAUGGCUUGCCCUUGCCUGAGGGCUCAUCUCCACUGGGCAGCUACACCGACUCCAUCGAUAGGCGCUACUUGAAGAAUGGAGGGGAUCGCUUCAUCACGCCUCAAGCGACCUCUACCCUGACGCGCUCCUACAACAACUCCUACAACGAUUCCUACGGCGAGACGCCUGAGAGCCAGUACGUUCGCCACUAUGGCCUGCACGACGGCUACGUGGAUCUGACGGACAACUACGGCAGCCUGUCGCGCGGCGUCAACUUCCGGCCGCCACGCUACCCCUACUUGCCCAACAGCUACCGGCCGGAGAACAGCUACACGCUUCCUAUUCGCAAGGAUGACUACGGCCAUGUCGCCCAGCCCCAGGUUCCUAUGGGUAGUAGCACUGUGGAUCUGAACCGCUCGCAGCCAGAGCGCUUCCAGGCCGAGCCUUAUGGCCUGGAGGAUGAUCGUCGUAGCCUGGGCCCUGAGGAGGAGGAGCCGUACGAGCUAGAGCCCGACUACUCCACUGCCAACCGACGCACCCUGCAGGGGGCCAACCGGGGUCGCACCCACCGGGAACCCCUCCGUGAUGGGCCCAGAGUCAGAGGGUACCCAGACGACCCCAUUGAGCCCGAGAUGAUCGAUGAGCGCCACCCUUACAUCCACGGCAUGUAUUCAGCGCCGCUGGCUCAGCCGGAGAGGGGGAGCAUGGCCAGUCUGGACCGCAUGGCUGGCCGGCGCUCACCCUCCAUCGACAGCAUCCGCAAGGACCCGCGCUGGCGCGACCCAGACCUCCCCGAGGUCAUCGCCAUGCUGGGUCACCCUAUUGACCCGGUCAAGUCCAACGCCGCUGCCUACCUGCAGCACCUGUGUUACGAAAAUGACAAGAUCAAGAAGGAUGUGCGUCAGCUGAAGGGGAUUCCCGUGCUCGCGGGGCUUCUGGACCACCCCAAAUCGGAAGUCCACCGCAAAGCAUGCGGCGCCCUGCGCAACAUCUCCUACGGCAAGGACAAUGACAACAAGGUGGCCAUCAAGAACUGCGACGGCAUCCCAGCCCUCGUCCGCCUGCUGAGGAAGACCAAUGACAUGGAGGUCCGAGAGCUCAUCACCGGGACCCUGUGGAAUCUGUCGUCCUACGAACCCCUGAAGAUGGUGAUCAUCAACCACGGCCUGCAGACCAUGACCAACGAGGUCAUUAUCCCGCACUCGGGGUGGGAGUAUGAGCCCAACGAGGACUCGAAGCCCCGCGACGCCGAGUGGACCACCGUCUUCAAGAACACCUCCGGCUGCCUCAGAAACGUGAGCUCAGACGGAGCAGAGGCUCGGCGCCGACUGAGGGAAUGCGAGGGAUUGGUGGACGCCCUGCUUCACGCUCUCCAAUCAGCUGUAGGGAAGAAAGACAUGGACAAUAAGUCCGUGGAGAACUGCGUUUGUAUCAUGAGGAACCUGUCCUACCACGUCCACAAAGAGGUGCCAGGCGCCGAGAGGUUCCUGGACCCGUCAGCACCACAGGCCCCCGGCUCAGCAGGUCCGCAGAGGAAGAAGAAGGAUGAUGCCGGCUGCUUCGGAGGCAAGAAGGCCAAAGAGGAAUGGUUUAAUCAAGGCAGAAAAAAUGGCGAAAACGACAAAAACUACGACACCCUGGAUCUGCCCAAGCGCGCAGAGCCGUCGAAAGGCUUUGAGCUGCUGUAUCAGCCGGAGGUGGUGAGGCUCUACCUGUCUCUGCUCACGGAGAGCCAGAACUACAACACCUUGGAGGCCGCUGCUGGCGCUCUGCAAAACCUCAGUGCUGGACAGUGGACCUGGUCCAAUUACAUCCGAGCCACGGUCCGUAAGGAGAAGGGCCUUCCCAUCCUGGUGGAGCUGCUGCGCUCCGACUCCGACAAGGUGGUCCGAGCUGUGGCCAUCGCGCUGCGCAACCUGUCCAUCGACCGCCGCAACAAGGACCUGAUCGGAAGCUAUGCCAUGCGGGACCUGGUGAGCAACCUGCCCAGCGGUCAGCAACGACCGGCCAAGAACCUGGAGGAGGACACCGUGGUCGCCAUCCUCAACACAAUCCACGAGAUCGUCACCGAGAGCUCUGAGAACGCCCGCUCCCUCAUCCAGGCCCAGGCCAUCGAGAAGCUGGUCGCCAUCAACAGGACCAGCCAAUCGGCGCGCGAAAAUAAGGCGGCGUCCCACGUGCUGCAGACGGUGUGGAGUUAUAAGGAGCUGAGGAACGCCUUGACCAAGGACGGCUGGAACAAGAGCCACUUCCAGCAGCCCACAGUGACAGCCACUCCUAAAGCAACCAAGAAUGGCAAGCCAGGCUAUGACGACACCACUCUACCCCUGAUGGAGAAGAACCAAGGCACCAGGAAAUGUGGCAGUGGUGAUAUGAUACCUAUGGAUGAGCUGGGUCCAGAUGGUUACACCACCAUCGACCAGAGGGACAAGGAAUGCAAAUACCAGGCAGUCGACGGCUCAGUGGACCUGACGGAACGGGAGCCAUUAAAGAAUGACACAAAUAGGAAACACUAUAUCAGGAGUAACAGGCCUGCGGUCAGUCUGGUGGACGCUUGUGAUGUUAAGCCCCAGCCUGUUGACUCCUGGGUCUAAAUGCAUGCAUGGCUUAGAAUAAGAACAGAGCGCCACCCCAGCUAGAGGAGGACCUCUCAUAUCACCACUGCCAUUUCACAUGGAGCUUACCUCUGAAGUUGGACUUUGUACAGAGAAGAGGAUUUCGAAAAAAAAGAAAGAAAAAAAAGAUCACAUCAGCGACUACCCAGCAGCAGCCAGCGUUCUCAUGCUUUUCGGAGAAAAUUUUCAAAAGGAUAAAAAGUGACUACUCUUACUACUUUCCCAUAUCUACAUUCCCACUGGACAUCGUGUGAUUUCUAAGUGUUGACUCUUGCUGAGCUCUGCGGUUGACAAGAAACAGACAAAGGGCCGGCGUCGAAGGUAUGGAAAUGUAGCAGGUCGGCGGCGUGAAACGAAGAAAGUGAAUGGUAAAGCGUACGUGUGUUGGACGGAAACCUGUCGGAGAGGAAAUGGAAAGUCGAUGAGUUUGUUACAUCUGAAAGGUGAUUGUGUCUCAAAUUCUGGAGGAUUUUACUCGCAGUUUGUUGUCGAGCGUUUGAUGUUUAGAUGUGAAACAGGUUUGGGUUGGCGUGUUUGAAGGUCACUGAAUGUUUGUUUUCAGAAUGGUGGGAUGGACGCGAGGAAAGGAAAAAGUCAAAAGGAGAGAAGCCGAGGCUGAGAAGAGAUGCAGCAUAGUGGGUGGAAAUGUACGCCCAGCAGCCUGCUCUCAUAGAUUUACAAUCCAUUUGGUUCACUGUGGGUUUUUUUUCAAAAAGCAAAUACGACAAAAAAAAAGUGCACUGAGAUGCUUUGAAAUCAAACAUGGUUAACAGGUGAUCGAUUUCCAUUUUAAUAAAACAAAGAGUCUGCAAGUUGUGGUCUGGAGGAAGUGACAAUGUGUGUAUACAACUGACGGAGUAACACUUUUUGGUAACACUGCAUUGCAAAAGUAAGACAAAAUGGAGGGACUUUUCCGCUUCAUUGUGGUCAACAUGUAUGAGCCAAGAGGCAUGUUGACCUCCGGUCACAGAGCUGUGGUUACAUGUGGAACUACUCCCGCUGUGAAGCAACGUGGUACACCGAGUUUCCUGGUUGGUUGCUCUUUGUCGAUGAUGUGUAGUAAAAAGGAUAUAAGGCAUUUUUUUGUUUAUAUAUGAUUUGUGUUUUUGAAAAGAGAGAAAGACGAUUGUUCUCUUGUUGAAAGGAUAGAUCUGAAAGAUUUUUUGUUGGUUUUAUACAAAUGUAUAUUAGGGUCAAAACAAAACAAAAAAAAGGGAAAAAUGAAGGAAAAUAACACAAAAAACUACGGACUGCUUAGUUGUAUAUUAAUAACACGUUGUUUGGAAAGCACAUCUCAUUUGACAAAGGCUCACCACGUUUGUAAGCGAGAAAUAACCACGUAACUGAAAUGUGUGUCAAAUGUUGUCGAGUUAUGCCGACGAUCACUUAUUUAUAUUUUGUAUUUGUCCAAAAAAAAAAAAAAAAAAGGUUACAGAAAUAACAAGUUUAUCUGCAGUGUUCUUUUCUAAAGGCGAUGGAAACAUAUGGUCUGGCAGCCCCUGUGUCUUCAAAGGGUCAGACAGAGGUAAUGAGACAGACGAGAGAUGGUGGUGUUAAUAAAAGUCCCUUCAGUUUUCGUUUCCGAUUCAUUCAGACCACCGAACCCUGAAUCCUCCUUCACAGGUGCAUCUUAAAGAGAAAUAUUCAAGUCGUGAGCAUGAAGAAAAAUCUGUACAGAUGUUUAUAUUUUGUUCUCUCCAAGUGCCAGUUUUUUUUGUGUGGUGUCAUUUGGAUAUUAUAUUAAUUCAUUCAUGUGCAGGGGAAGAGUAGAGAUGGACGAGUGGAGCUGGAUAUUCAAGGCAAAAUAAAAUAGUUGCAUCAGACUGUAUAAAUAAAAAAAAACAUCAAGUUUGGUCAUAUAGUAUAUAUUUUUACAACGUUAUAGGGUGAGCAAUCAAGAUGUAGAAGGAAAGCAGAUACGAAAUCUUAUUGCCUUUUUUCUCUUGCUCGAUGAGACUACGUUCAAAAUCAAGUUGUUACGUGUAUGGUCUCCUUUUCCAGCCUCCUGUCUCCUGUUCCUGCUUGAACGGGGGACAGAAAGAGAGUCCAAUCAGAUUUGGUAUCACUCAUGCGUCAUCGAGUUGAACGGCAUGUGCCUGCAUUGAAGUCUGAUUUUUCUUUGUGGCGUAUGUGACUUUAUAAAAGCUUGCAUAAUUUUACACAGUGUUUACAAAAAUGUACGUUGUGGUAAAAAUCAAUAAACUCCAAAAAAACAACAACAACUUACUGUAUAGAUUUUAAUUCCUGAGGUUAAUAUAGUUAAUAUGAUAAUACCCAGCAAACCUUUUGUGUGUCCUCAGAAGUGUGUGCUCUCAUCGGACGAUGCCGAACCCUCACAACAACAUAGACCCAUAUGACUUGUCUAUUCCUGACUGCACUGUGCAGUACCACAACCAAAGGAUCCGGAGGUGUAUUUGCAUGCACUCGUGAAAAAAAAGGGUUUUUUUGGUUUUGUGGAUGUGCAGCACAUUGUACAUUUACAAAAUAAAAAAGCCGAGCAACUGUGCUGUAAAAUAAAUGCAGGACGCGGACACACAUCGAGUCAGGCAAACCUACCUGUGUAGAUAUAACUUGAUUCAAGACCGUCAAAAUAAAGUAACUGUACUACUCAGUAGCAGAUGUGUUUGUACCUAUCAUGUGCCUUAACCUUUUCCAUGGUAUAUAAAGAUAAGUGUGUUUUAUAUAACCCCCCCCCUUUCAUCUCUCCAUCCCGUCCAUUCACCUCUCUCCCCCGCUCCGACUGUGUCAAACCCCCCCGCCCCCUCCCUUUUUCCUCCACUCAAGUCACUCAUUCAUCAUUUGUCCCGCACCCCCCAGCCCCGCCCCCCAAUCCAAGUAGUUUUAGACUGUUGGUGGGUUUCUGCCUUGUAUCACAUUGUGUUAUAAAACUUUUAAAAAGAGAGAGUCAUUCGAAAGAAAAUUGGUUUUGAUUUCCUAGAGGAGUAAAGUUGUUAAUGCUUUCGUAGCCAGCAGAAGCUAUGCCACAGUGACAGAAUGUAUUAUGUUGAUUUUACUAAUACCCAGAGGCAAAUAUUACGCUUGUUAAACAUAACAGUAAAAUACUGGUUUGUAGAGUAUAAAUUUGGUGUGUUUUCAAUAAAUCAUGCCUGAAAAGAAA